UGGUUUCACCACUCACUUGAUGAAGCGUAUUUCUCGCGGUCCCGUUCGUGGUAUCUCCUUCAAGUUGCAAGAAGAGGAACGUGAACGUCGUGAUAACUAUGUUCCUGAAGUCUCUGCCUUGGAUACCGCCAACAUUGAAGUUGAUCCUGAAACUGAGGAAUUGCUCAAGUCUAUGAACUUUGAUAACCUUGCUGGUGUUAAGGUUACUCAACCUGUUGCUACUUUCACUCCCCGUACUGCUCGUGGUCCUCGCGCUCCUCGUAAGGCUGUUGAUGCCCAAGCCUAACUUUUUUUUUCAAAUAAAAAAAAAAUAAAAAUACUCUAAAUAUGUAUAUAUGCUUUAAA